AUGUCAGAGAAAGAGGGUGUUUCGAAAUCGGCUGGCAACCGUCAAAAACGUUCUCGUGGAAUUUUCUAUCUUUGUUGUCCAUCCCCUUCAUCCACUUCAAAGUCAGCUGAAAAACAAAUAAAUACUGCACCACACAGUGUGGGUAACAUGUUAUCAACGCGUAAAUCCGUUGAUAGAUAUGAAAGAAUUGCAAAUCUGUUAGAAUUAUUUCUAAAGGGGAAGUUACAACACAAUUGUAAAUUUACCAGUUUACCAGAGAAUUAUUAUCUAAUCGACGAAAUAAUUCAACUACCAGAAUUUAAGAAAGAAAAUUGUACAUAUGAAGAUCUUGUUGAAGUGGUUCAUAAUGAUGCAUUAUUACGCUUCAGUGUUAGAGGAUCCAAAGUUCGCUUGAAACCACCUGAAUUAAAUAAAGAUCCUGAUGUUAUUUUAUCAAAAAAGUUAGCUUGGAUUCUACGUCAUGGGGCAGAAAAUGUUGGGUUAAAAUAUGAACCUGGUGGCUACCUUUACUUAGACAAAAUACUUGAAUUAAAACCAUUUCAAGGCGUUAAAGUUGAAGAUAUUUCACGUGUUGUCAAUUCCAAUGAUAAAAAACGCUAUGAACUUUCUGUACAUCCUGAAAAUCACCGCCUACGGAUAAGAGCUUUUCAAGGGCAUAGUAUUAACAUUGAAGGACUUGACAUAACAUUGAUUGAAAAUCCUCAGGAUUACCCAACUGUUGUACACGGAACUUACUUUCGUAAUUGGGAUGGUAUCCGCAAGGAAGGCUUAAAACGUAUGGGUAGAACACAUAUACAUUUUGCUCCUGGAGAAGUUGGUGAAUCAGGUGUUAUCAGUGGUAUGCGAUCCAGUGCUGAGAUCGUCAUUUAUAUUGACAUGAUGAAAGCAGUGAAUGAUGGCUAUAAAUUUUAUGUAUCAAAAAAUAAUGUCAUUCUUUGUGAAGGAAAUAGUGAAGGCUGUCUACCGACUAAAUAUUUUCUUGCUGCUUAUCAACGUCGACCACGUAUGAAACUCUCACUUGAACCGUAA